AUGAUCCAAGGUGCUCGGAUGGACGGUGUGGAUAGAUGGAGGACAUGUUGCAAGCGAGGCAUGAGUGUAUAUGAUGAUGUUGGUUAUGGUUAUGGUGAUGUUGAUUAUGAUUUAUAUCUUAAAAGAAUAUUCAACGUAACUGUCAUUAUGUUUAUCGAGAAGUCGGUUAUUUUGUUUUCAUCUUGA